AGGUUUUUUCUUCUGUCUUCCAGGAUCCUUGGCGGAGAGCGCGAGCGAGGUGGGGCAGAUGCCGGCGGAAGCGGGGCACAAGGCGGACUGUGCGUGCUCCUACGGGAUGAAGCUUAGUUGGGACAUCAACGACCCGCAGAUGCCUCAGGAGCCAGCCCAUUUUGACCACUUCUGUGAGUGGCCCGACGGCUACGUGCGCUUCAUCUACCGCAGCGACGAGAAGAAGGCGCAGCGCCACCUGAGCGGCUGGGCCAUGCGCAACACCAACAACCACAACGGCCACAUCCUCAAGAAGUCGUGCCUGGGCGUGGUGGUGUGCGCGCGGGCCUGCGUCCUGCCCGACGGCUCCCGCCUGCGGCUGCGGCCCGCCAUCUGCGACAAGGCGCGGCUGAAGCAGCAGAAGAAAGCAUGCCCCAGCUGCCAAGCUACUUUGGAACUGAUUCCCUGUCGAGGGCACAGCGGGUACCCUGUAACCAACUUCUGGCGGCUUGAGGGCAACGCGAUAUUUUUCCAGGCCAAAGGAGUUCAUGAUCACCCAAGACCAGAGAGUAAAUCAGAGACGGAAGCUAGAAGAAGUGCCAUCAAGAGGCAAAUGGCCUCUUUUUACCAACCCCAGAAAAAGAGAAUUCUCGAACUGGAGGCAGGAGAGAGUCAAGACAACAGUGGACAUUUCAACAGCAUACCUCCCCUGGAAAAUCCAGAAGAGUUUGAUAUAAUUGCUGACUCUGGCUUCCCUGUUCCAGAGCAGACUUGCUUUUCCUUUCCAAACUCUGAUGCUUACAAAGCCGCCUGUGACCUAGCCACCUUUCAGGGAGACAUGGUGCCACCCUUACAGAAAUAUCCAAACCCAAGAGUCUACUUGCCUAGGCCACCCUGCAGCUAUGAAUUGGCAGGCCCUGCUUAUACAAAUUCGAGCCCAUAUCCCACCCUUUAUAAAGAUUCCAGCAAUUUCCCUAAUGACACAGAUUGGGUUCAUCUGAGUGCGUUACAUUAUAAUGUCAACUCAUACAGCAGCUUCGAGAGAAGCUUUGAUUUCAGCAGUAAACAACACGGCUGGAAACCAGCUCUUGGAAAACCUGGCCUUGGGGAGAGGACUGACCAUGGACAGUUCCAGGCCAUGGCCACUCGCCCUUAUUAUAACCCCGAGCUUCCCUGCAGGUACCUCACGUCUCCCCCACCAGGUGCCCCAGCCCUACAGACCGUGAUCACCACCACCACCAAAGUGUCCUACCAGGCCUACCAGCCCCCUGCUCUGAAAUACUGUGACAACGUGCGGGAAGUUAGCCUAUCGAGCUGUAACUACGCUUCUGAAAACACCCCAAUGUCCCUCUAUCCGGAAGCGUUGGACCUUCCAGCUGCAGUUGCUAGGGCAGCCUCUCCAGCAGGGUCACUGCCUUUGAAAAUUCCAGGAGACUGCAGGGCCAUCAGACCCAAUUUGGCUUUUCCUCAAGAGUCAGCUCCCUCCAGGACAGAUGGAGCAGAGACUUGGGAAGUGUGUCCAUCUGGACUGGGGUCUGCCAUCAGUUAUGCAGAUAGAGUUAGUCCGUUCUUUAGCUGUGACAAUGAAGACUUUUGAACAACACUCCUGGGCAUGACAUAAUACUGGUGUCCAUGCAGGCAGCGAAACAUGGAA